AUGGACGAGGCGACAGAGCUCCAGGCGGUGCUGCAGGCCCUCGCUGUCGCCGUUGAUUGGCGGACGGAUCAGGCGUCUCGUGCUGCGGCCACGGAAUUCCUCGAAAAGCUGAAGACAGAGGAGGAGCCGCACCGACAGGCUUCCCUAGCAGCUCACCUGGUGAACGGCGAUCAGCCUGAGCAUGCCCGCCUCUUCGCGUUCCAGCUGCUGCAGAACGUGGCGCGCAACAAGUGGCAGCAGUUCCCCGCGGACGAGAGGCGCAAGCUGGCAGUGUACGCGUUUGAUCUGCUCAGGCGAUGCGCCGACACUGCUGGGGAGCCUUGGUCCAUCCGCAGCAAGGCAGCCGCGCUGUUGGCUGAUAUUGUGAAGCACGAGGGGUCGGACCUGUGGAAGGAGAUGCUGCCGUCUCUGCUUGCUCUCUCUGCAGCCAGCCCCAUCCAUGCAGAGACGGUGGCUCUUGUGCUGCAGUUUGUACCAGAAGACGUGACAGUCCAUAACGAGGAUAUAGAAGGCAACAGGAGGCGUCAGCUGCUUCUCGGCCUUACAGCGACUCUGCCGCAAAUCCUCCCCUUCCUCUACUCGCUUCUGGACUCCAACUUCGCAGCAGCGCUGGCAGACAUGCAGCAGAGCAACGUGGACGCAGCGAGGCAGCAUGCAGCAGCCGUGACAGCGGGCCUGGCAGCGCUGGGGGCGUAUGCCGAGUGGGCACCUGUGCCUGCGAUUGCAUCCGCUGGAUUACUAAAUGCCUGUGGUUUCCUCCUUGGCUCGCCUGAUUUCCGAAUGGGAGCAGCAGACUUUUUCAAGCACCUAGCGGCCAGGCGAGCCCCUUCAGACGACCAGGAGGCAUUCAACGCCGCCAUGACAUCAGUAGCUGAUUCCCUCGUCUCUGCAGCCGACGCCUCUCUCGAUCGCAUCACUACCACAACAGGCUCCGCCCCUGCUUCCUCUCCAAGGGAAGCAGGAGGGCAGGCAGGGGGGAUGGCAGCAGGGGGGGGAGCGAGGGGAGGAGGGGGGGCGGGGGAGGUGGAUGAGGGGGAGGUGGCGUUUGCAGAGCGGCUUUGUGAGGCGAUGGUGGCGUUUGCACCGUCGAAUCUGAAGAGAGCUGCUCAGCAGGAUGACUCCAGAUACGCCAAGUUCUUCCACACGAUGCUUCGUUUCUUUGAGUGCAAAUGCUUCUCCUUGCAUGCCCUGGCGCUGCAACUCUGGCUGGUGUUACUGAGGGAGUCGGCGCAGAGCAUAAGUGGAGCCAAGGACAAGCGCGCAGCAGUGAUUCUCGUGCCGCCCGAUUUCUGCCUGAGGCUUCUGGACGUGGUGGCUGACCAUCUGCCCAGACGCCCAGGCGAAGGGGAGGAAGGGGAGGAGGAUGGGGAGGGGUGGCAGGAGGAGUUUACCAACAGUGGGGACUACGCCCAGUACAGAAGCCGACUGAUGGAGGUGAUUCGUUUGGUGACACAGCAGCAGCCGCUCAUAGCAGCAUCCAAGGUGGCCUCUCGCAUCGAAGCCGCUGUUGCUGCUGCCACCUCUGCUCCCCCACCCCCCAAGGUGGUUGCAGUGUUGGAGGGAGCGAGAAUGCUGGAAGAUGCAGUGAUGACUGCCGUGCCCGAUGCUGUAAUGGCAGCAGCCGCUGCUCACUCCACCAACCCCGCCAUUCUUGCUGACGACCUGGGGUUGAUCGUAGAGGGUGUGUUGCAGCGGCUGCUGUGUGUGCAGUGGCACGACCCCGUGUUGAUAGAGCUGCACGCCCACCUGCUGGACGCGCUGGGUCCCUUCCUCAAGCACUCCCCGCCUGCUGCCACCCUCGUCAUUCCCAAGCUCUUUGAACUCCUCAGCUCCCUGCCACCCACUCCCCUGGGAGUGGAGCCCAUGCUGCGCCCAGAGCGCAGUGAGGACCGUCUGCCUCGCCUGCAAGUGUGCACGUCCAUCCUGAGAGUGGCACGCUCUGCUGACGUGGCGCUUGUACCGAUGCUCAAGGCGAUGGUGGAUCAGGUGAUGGGCAUUCGGCAGCAGCAGCAGGCGGCAGUGCAGCGAGUGCAGCAGACCCAGUCAGGCGCAGUGCUGCAUGGGGAGAUCAUUCUGCUCGCUGAAGCGCUGCUGCUCGUGGCUGCUGCUGCAGGCCCCAGUGAAGAAGCCGCAGUGGUGGAAUGGCUUCUAGCCCCCAUCCGCACCCAAUGGGCAGACGCCACGUGGCAGGCGCGCUACCUCUCCUCCCCGGCAGCCCUAGCAGCACUCCUCCUGCACUCUCCCAGCUCCGGCUCCCAGGAGGAAGCGGAUUUCUGGGCCGUCUACCACACCACGAUGCUGCUCGAGCGAAUCAUGCGCCGCGCUGCUGUUGGCGGGGGGAGCGGAGUGGGAGGGGGAGGAGCGGGAGGGGGAGCAGGGGGAGGGGGAGGAGUGGCGGCGACGCCCCCGCCUUCCCCUGGGUUGCUGCACUGCCUGCACGCCCUCUGGUCCCCUCAGGUGCUCGCCUCCCUUCCCCCCACCCUCGCCCCAGCGCUGCUGGUGGGGCAGCAGGAGAAGGUGUCCAUGCUGGGGCAGGCAGGCGUGUCAGGCAAGCAGGAGGGCGUGCUGUUGAUUCUUUGGGGGUUAAACCACCUACCACCCCAAGUUUCUCACUGUUAUAUCUCUCCUUCCCCGCUUCCUCCGCCCCCCUUUCCAUCCCAGCUGCUGCACUGCCUCCACGCCCUCUGGUCCCCUCAGGUGCUCGCCUCCCUUCCCCCCACCCUCGCCCCAGCGCUGCUGGUGGGGCAGCAGGAGAAGGCAGCAGUGCUGGGGCAGGCAGGUGUGUCAGGCAAGCAGGAGGGCGUGCCGCUGCUGCUGGGGGGGACCGGGGGAGGAGGGGGGGCUUAUGGCUUCCUUGGUAUGGCAGCAGCAAACGCCCCAGCAGCCUUCUUCUCCCUUCCCGAGCCUCCCGUCACGAACCUGCAAUCCUUAGGUUCGGUCUCACCCCAGCAGCAGCAGUUCGUGCUGGAGGUUCGGGCCGCACUGGCCGAUUCCGUGGCUAGCAUGGAGGCUCGGCACCUGCGACUGCUGCAGAAGCUCGUCCUGCUCCCAUUGGUCAAAUCCUGUCCGCCGAGCCUCUAUCCUCUCUGGCUCGGCACGCUCCUGCCACCGAUCGUUCUUCACUGCGACCAAUGGCUGACUGCCACGUGGCAGAGAUUCCUGCAAGAAGGGCUGUGUGGGGGAGGAGGGGGAGGGGAAGCAGCAGGGGGUAAAGCGCUUGCUGCUGUUUCUGGUGGUGGUGAGAGUGAGAAGGAGAGGAGAGGAGGGUUAAAGGAUGAGCUGUUUAACGAGAAAAUUCUAAGGGACCUUACAAGAGAGACCUGCGGCCUGUUGGCUCUCUUCCCUGUCUUGCCUCAGUCAUCCUCGUUACAAGCUGCCUCGAUUCAAGCCACGGCUUCUGCGCUCAUGGCUGGUGUCACUGGUGGUGGUGGCAUUGCGGGUGCUGCUGGUGGUGCUGGUGCUGGUGGUGGUGCUGUUGCUGGUGCUGCUGGUGCUGGUGGUGACGAUCGGAUGGACAUGCAUUCGGUGGCAACCGCGGCUAACAGCUUGCUGCACUUCCUCUUACAGCACCACCCAGAGGCAGCAGCAGCGUGCAUCCGAGUGGCAAUGGCAGCAAUGGACUGGCCCGACAGCGACGCCUCUCACAAGGCUGUCCUCUUCAACUCAGGCCUCGUGCACAUGCCGGAGCUGCUCGCCGAACCUGCUGCACCGGCUUCCGAGCCUCCCGCGCAGCUUCGGGAGAUGGUCGGCCGGACCAUGCUUGCAGCGGCGGUGCAGGCGCUGACGCUGGAGUCUAAUGCGGGGAUUCAGGCGCAUAUUGUGGCAUUAUUGAGGGAUAUUUACCUUCGUUUGGGCCCUUUAACCUCUGCUCCUAGAGAGGUGCUCCUUUCACUCUCCAUUUCACCAGAGGCCCUCGCUUCGUUCGAAGCUUCCCUCAAGAGUACGGGUAGUGCAAAGGAGCAACGGGCAGCUUUCAGAACUUUGCUCACAGGAGUCGCAGGGGGGCAGCUAAAAGCAUUUUCUGCCCAGAAGAAUCCUACGACCAUCUCGAAUGUCUCGGGGAUUAUAAGAAGCACAUCAAAUCCCACAUCGUCAUCUAUCGAUCAAUCUGCACCGUCCAUUGGCCUAGCAUCAUUUGGUAACAUGCCUUCCAACCAAUAG